UGGGUCAUGUUUCCCAGUCAACAGUCUCAGUUUUAAUUUGUCCGUGCACAGUGCAUCGUUAACUUCGCAAUGAUUUUGCUCUUGCUGGUGGUUGCAGUAGGUUAUCUUAUCUACCGCUGGAGCGUGGCAACCUUCGACUACUUUGAAAAGUUGAAUGUACCGUUUCUCAAACCGUAUCCCUUCUUUGGGGCACUAUGGCCGUCCUUAAAAGGAGAAAAAUCUCCAACGGAUGCCACGGCGGAGGGAUAUCGGCUGUUCCCGGGAAAUCGUUUCUCAGGAUUCUUCUCAUUCCGCGAGCCAGGAUAUCUGAUUCAUGAUCCAGAGCUGAUCAAGCAAAUUGCCAUUCGGGAUUUCGAUCACUUUACGGAUCAUGCAAAUAACGUGCCUUUGGAAGUAGAUCCCUUUUUGGGAAGAGGACUAUUUUUCACCGGUGGACAACGAUGGAAACAUGGUCGAACGGCACUCAGCCCGGCAUUCACUGGAAGUAAAAUGCGGAAUAUGUUUCAAUUGCUGAGCAGUUAUACCGAUGGCGCGAUGAAACGCUUGGUGAAAGAUGCAGCUGGAGGAAAACUGGAGAGAGAAAUGAAGGAUUUGUUUCAAAGAUUGGGAAAUGAUGUGAUGACAUCGAUUUCCUUAGGCUUUGACACUGACUCCGUUCAUGAUCCGGACAACGAGUUCUUUCAGUAUGGAAAGCGUUUGUCAAGGACCUCGGGCUUACAAGGACUACGGUUUUUCGUAUUGACGCUCCUACCGGAAAAUAUAUUGAAAGUAAUUGGGAUACGGAUUAUUCCUUCGGACAUUGCGAAUUUCUAUAACGAAGUUGUUAUAAAAGUUAUAAAAGAGCGCUUGGAGAAGAACAUUGUUCGACCGGAUUUCAUUCAUCUUAUGUUGCAAGCUCGGAAAAAUGAGUUGAAAGCUGAUAAAACAGACGAAUUUCUGAACGACGCAGGCUUCUCAACAGUCAAAGAACAUUUACAAUCCUCAGCGAAAAAUCAGAUCGAGUGGUCUGACUACGAUAUUGCAGCUACUUCGGCGUCGUUCUUUUUUGGCGGAAUUGAGUCUACAACCACUUUGGUGUGUUUCGCCUUAUAUGAAAUAGCUUUGAACCAUGAUGUUCAACAGAAGCUGAGAGCUGAGGUCGAUGCGACUAAACUUUCACUUGGGGAUGCUAAACUGACUUACGAAUCGAUGCAGCAAAUGAAAUACAUGGAUAUGGUGAUCACUGAAACACUAAGGAAAUGGCCUCCAUUUGGAGUCACCAACCGGCGUUGCACGAAGGCUUAUAGUUUAGAAAACGCCAACGGCACCAAGGUAACGGUACAUAAAGGCCAAGUAAUAUUCAUCCCGAUCUACGAAAUCCAACGAGAUGCGCAGUACUACCCGAACCCAGAAAGAUUUGAUCCGGAGCGGUUUUCCGAUCAAAAUCGGGGCAACCUCAACCAGGACACAUACCUUCCCUUUGGAAUUGGACCACGGAACUGUAUCGGGUCGAGAUUAACUCUGAUGCAGGCCAAGUGUUAUCUGUUUUACAUGUUGACGUGCUUUGAAAUUCAGUUGUCUACAAAGACCGAUGUGCCGAUGCAGCUGGAUGCGCGUUCCUCUGCACUCAACGCCAAAAAUGGGUUUUGGAUGCAAUUGAUUCCACGAGGUGUAUAAGAAAUUUGCUAAUUUAAAUACGCAAUUUUUAUUCGAAUUAUAAUACUUACCAUCAAACAGGAAGUAUCUGAAAUGAACAGAAAUAAGCAUUUAUUAAGUGGUUUCAAAAACAAGAAAAAAUGAUACAGGCUGUCGAAAAACAGGAAUAAUAAACAAUUUAAGAUAAAGUUUAAUAAGCUUUCGAACAUUCAAAUAAACGAUUUAAAAACUA